UGCACAUAUCCGACGGUCGCGGUGCCGCACUAUCAAAUUCGAUCUGCACGCGAAUAGUCACUCGUAUCGUACAUCACUAAACAAUUUAAAUUUCGAACACCGAUUUUAGUCGCCAAAUCUGAAAUAAAAUGACGAUUCGCGAUUGUUGUGGAUUCUGAUGUGAUUGAAUUGGCAAAGAUUGGAUUUUAGUGAAGAUUUUUAUUAGUGAAUGUAAUUAGACAUAGUUAUUAUACUAAUUAGUAAAGAUUAAAAACACAAACUAUUAGAGUCUCCUUAGGCGUAGGUAAUCAUAUCACAAAGUGACUAUAAUUUAGAACAAAAUCAUCUAAAAUAAAUUUUAGCAGUUCGGCUAUUAUUGUGUGAAUGGACAAUGUUGAAAAAUGUUACAAUAUCGCCGAAUGCUGAACUUUGAUACAAGUCCGAAAAUGAAAAUAUCUGCAGCCGAUAGCCAGGAGUCUGGCAGUCCACCGCCGAGCCCGACGGACUCCGUCGGGUCGGAAUCUGCUCCUACCCUAGUCCACAUCAAGCAGGAGAACAUGCCGCCAGGAGCAGAUGUUAAGGAAUACUAUGGCGGCCUCGAUUUUGGACUCUCAGAUACAUAUCUCUCACCAAACUACCCUGAAUACGGCCCUGGAUAUCUCUCUAGACCACUUGACUUACAAAACCAGAAAUUUCUAGAUCCAGACAAAAGUUCCAAAGACAAAGACGACUCCACAAAAGACGACGAACCAGAGGAAAACAAUUUUAAUAUUCCGAAUGAACUAAUAUUGAAAAAUGGCGGUGUGUUCGCUAGAACGAAUAUUUUAGUCGGAACCAAGUACGGACCAUUUAUGGGCAAGUGGGGGACGCAGCCGUUGGACUCAAAGUACGCUUGGGAGUUUCUCGGGAAGAAUGGCAUCAGAGGAUGGCUGGACGGCACCACAGAGAAGUCCAACUGGCUGAAAUAUAUCCGUUCCACCAGCUACUCGCACGACGCCAACGUACAGCACACCCUUCACGCUGGUGAAGUGUGGUACAAGGUGAUCCGCGACAUCACCCCCGGCCAGGAGUUGCUGUUGGGUCCAAGAACUCCACUGCCGUUGCAAGAUAUUCUUCCCGCAACUGAUCACCAGAGCUCGAGCACUAAGUACUCGCAGCCUCUUCCAGAGGAGGAGGAGCGUGAAGAUACGGAGCCGAGGUGUUCAUUCUGUGACGCGCCCUUCCCUAACAUAGACGCACUCGAUCGCCACCUAGUGCAAGCGCACGCGCAGCCGUCAGCAGCAUUCCACUGCGAACUGUGUAACCGCGCGUACAGUUCCCGCGCGUUGCUGCUACGUCACAGAGCACUUGCGCAUACUGAUAUUCGGAAGUACCCUUGCGAGAACUGCCCUAAGGUAUUUACCGAUCCUUCCAACCUCCAGCGCCACAUCCGCGCGCAGCACGUGGGCGCGCGCAGCCACGCGUGUCCCGAGUGUGGCAAGACCUUCGCCACCUCUUCCGGCCUUAAGCAGCACACACACAUACACUCCAGUGUCAAGCCCUUCCAGUGCAAGGUUUGCUUCAAGGCCUACACCCAGUUCUCGAAUCUGUGCCGUCAUAAACGCAUGCAUGUUGCAUGUAGAGCUUUAGUGGAAUGCGGAAAAUGUGGCCAGUCAUUCACUUCGUACGCAUCUCUGACUAAACAUAAAAGAUUUUGUGAUACAGCUGCUGCAGCUACUGUAAAUCUUCGAGGCCAAAUGCCACAAGGACUACCACAAAUACCACCUCUACCAACACUCGGAAUGAAUACCACAAACAAUCCAAAUCCUUUGAGUUAUCCGCUCUAUAGAGGAUUAACUUUACCUCUUCCUUAUAACAAAUUACCCCAUUACAGCGCUGGACUGCUGUCAGCUGCUGCAGCUGCUUAUCAGCCAGAUUUUUUAAAUCCCUUGCUGUUUAACGUCCAAGGUGUGAGAUUAGCUAUGGAACAUGAUAUGGCUUUAUCAAAUUCUAAUAUGGUUUCUAAACAACAAGAAGGACGAAUGUCUGUUAAAAGCAUUGACAGUUCUACGUCUCUAGAUGAUUCUAAGAAAAGCAAAGAAUUGGAAUUCGAUAACAAUAGAAGAAGUAAUGAAAAUGAUAGAAUGACUCCAAGCAAAACACUUAAUCUAUAUUCGAAGCAGUCUUCACCUUCAGUAGAAGAUGUAACUCAGCAACGUCCAUCGCCUAUUAUGCCAAUAUCGACACCAAUAGUUCCAUUUAAUUUCUCAAGAGAUGAGCUUAAACGUAAAUCACCGUUCAAUUUCUCAUUAAAACUUAAUAAUAAUGACAUAAAAGGGCAUAAGUCAGUAUCUCCAUCACCCAAAGAUUUAUCAAAAAGUGUAGCUAGUGACGAUAAAAACUCAGAGUAUUCUGACGCAGAGGAAGAUACCAGAAAAGAUCAAGGUGAUCAGCCUCUUGAUUUAUCGGUGUCACGAAAGCAAACCGACAAAGAUUUCGAAGUAGAUAAUGACGAUCGUUCCUUUCGAAAUUCAUCAGUAAAGUCUUAUUCACCACCCGAAAGUCCCGUCGAAAGAAAUAAGACCCCAGAAAAUGACACAACUGAUGUGGAUGUAGAAGGAGUCGAGCCUAAGCGAGAAGACUCUCCCGCUAUGGUCUCGCAAUCGCUCGCCUUCCCAUUACCCGUGUACCCGAAUCAUUAUCCUUCGAGGUUCUACUUUAAUUCUCCCGACUCACUCUUGAAUUCGUCUCACUCGCCCUACGUACCGAGUCCGUUUAAUUUUUUAUCCCCACUUCUCGGCACUGAUGGCCCUCAGCGGCCGCCUCGGCCUCCUAGUGCCUAUUCUAGCGGCAAGCUGCGGGAUAGAUACGCUUGCAAAUUCUGCGGAAAAGUAUUUCCACGUAGCGCCAAUCUCACCCGUCAUCUUCGUACACACACAGGAGAGCAGCCGUAUAAGUGUAAGUACUGUGAGCGUUCAUUUUCGAUCUCAUCUAAUUUGCAGCGACACGUUCGGAAUAUCCAUAACAAAGAGAGACCAUUCAAAUGUCCGUUAUGCGAUAGGUGUUUUGGACAACAGACCAAUCUCGAUAGACACCUAAAGAAGCACGAGGCGGAAGGCGGAGAUUCUCCCAGCUCAGCGGAUACGGAGCGUGAAGAUGCAUACUUCGACGAUAUUAGGUCAUUUAUGGGCAAGGUUACGUGCGAAUCUGGCAGCACUCCACCUGCCACCUCACCGCACCCUCCACAUCCGUUACCACCACACGCUCCGCAUCCCUCAGCACUGCCUCACCUCGCUGCUAUCUCCACAUAGCCGCCGACCUAUCCGCUGCCGCCUCUACCGCCUCCACCGCCGCUCUGGCCGCAGCCUUUUGAAUAGCAUCUAUCCAGCAGCGUUUUGGGUAUUUCAUCUUGAAAUGCUUUUUCGGCGGAAAUACGUCCAUAGUAUUUAUUAAAUGUUCACAAUUAAGUGACUAUGAAUGUUUAUAUUUGUGCUGCGACUGAGAUCAUAACAUGUAAAAUUGUUAAAUAAUUGUACAAGAUGUCCCGGACGUCAUCGAAUCUCGAUUGACGGCCGAGUACGUACACUUACGUGUCUCUAUGAUUCGUAUCGAGAGCAAUAUUAUAGGGUUAAGUUAGGACGUGCACACACGGGCGACCUUAAUCUUUGAAUUAAGUUUAACUGGUUGUUUUUACUAAAUUUCGUUGACUGUUAUAACUGAAUGGUUGUAUGUUCCGACAUUGGUUAUGUAUACACUCCAUUAAUUUUCUUAUUAAACACUAUGUACGCUGGAAAAAUUAAAUAAAUAAUUAACACAUUUGUUGUACAUUAAAUAUGUAAUUUAAUAUUUACGAAUCGCCCCGUAAGAAAAUAUAAUAUAGUGGCUACAUAAGUGACAAUUAACAUUAAAAAUUUUUGAAAUUCACUACAGAUUAAGACUAUAAAUGUGUACGUGCAUAUUACAAUCGCAUGACAAAUCACUUGAUAAAGGAAAUAAUUUUAGGUCUGUCAUAAACUAUGUAGGUUAUCUAAUUAAUGAAAUGUUAUUAUAAUUAAAAUUAUAUAUAAUAUUUGUUCCUAGUUUAAUUAUAAGAUUGUGCCCUCGAUAGUUGUAAAUAAUAUUAUCUUUCCAUUUAUUAUAAGGUUGUUAUGUACUAUAAAUGUAAGUGUACUUGUAAGAACAUUUGCUUGUUAACUUGUAAACAUAACCCAACUUUUUAUUAUUCUUUAUAAAAGAUAUUUAUUUAUGUGUGAAUGGAUAUUAAAACUAUUUUCUUUAAUCAAAAAUAAACCAAAGUUUUCUUUAUGAUUUUUAUUUUAAUAAACAAAAUUAAUACGAAAUUCCAGUGAUAAUUUUCUCCAUAUUAGUUAUAUUGAAAUUGGAAUUAUUGUUUCUUACUUUUAUCUUUUUUUUUUUGACUUAGCACAAGUUUAGGAAAAUAUAUUGUUUGUUUUAAAAGUAGUUAUUGUACAUAAAAUUUCAUACGAAAAUCAUAUCAGAAUCAAGGCUCAAAGUAUUUUAGAGUCAUUAUCAUUAACAAUAAUUUAGGAUAUUAUCGAUAAGUCGAUUCCGCAAAUUUUCUGUUUUCAAAAACCUUUACUGAAAACGCUCACUCAUAAAAAAUACAGGUUUCCUGUAAUGUAUUUACAGAAGUAAUGAAUCAGUUUAGGUUAUUUUUGUUUCAUUGGCAAUCAAAAAAAUAAAACAUUAAUGAAAAAAGCAAUUUAAUUGAUAUGCUGAGAUUUACACAGAUAAUUAUUAUUUGGUUAAUUACAAGGCCUUUCUAAAACAACAUUUAUUAUUUAUUGAAAAGAAAAAAAAAGGCUUUUAUUUUAUUGAGUAAGUAAAUAUUCAAUAUUUACGACAUCUAAUAAAAUUGUAUAAUUCUUAGAUAUAUGAAUGUAUCAUAGAAUAAUGGGACUUAAACAGUAAUGAUGUUCUUUAUAAAAAUUGUAAUAUAUUUGAGAAUAAAUGCAAUAUGUACUUCUGAAAUUGAAAUUGCUGUAUUGUCGGAAAUGAAAUAUGUACUUUGAAGUUUAUUUCAACUUCAAAACGAUCAUUUCCGGCAAAACGGAACUUAAUUAUAAGUAAUGUGUUGUACAGUGGCGCUCUCCAAUAUUUUGUAAAUUAUAUUUAAUUGAAAGCAUACUGCAGAACUUUUAUAGUGUUUCUUUUAAACGGAUAUAUAUUUAUUUAUAUAUAUUUAAAAUUGGUUAUAUACUAUUAUAAUACAUGAGACUAUUAUAAUAUAUAAUACAUGAUUAAAAUAGUGUUGCUUACUGUUUUUUUUUUUAAACAGGUAUAGACUGUGUGAUUUGUUUUUCCUUAACUUUAGUUUGAAUAUAAUAUAAAUUAUAGCUCCUAUUUUUUUGUUUAUUAUAUUCAGUUACUAGUUCAAUAUGUGUAUAUGCACAAAAUAAAAAAAAAAAUAUGAGUUUAAAAUCUGGAGGCGUCUCUGUGCGGUACAUUACAUUUACGCUGUUAAUAGGUAAAUAUCUUGACAAUUGCCUAUCUGUAUGAUCAUAUCACAUGGCACUAGUUAUAAUUUUAAGAAUAUUAGCGUCACAGCGCGUUUAUUGUACACUUGUACCUAAUUUAAUAUCGGUUCGAUUGCAAAAUAUCGAUAUUGUAACGCAUUGAAAAUAAAACAGUACAAUUUA